UCCAGAGCGCACUACAUGUGUUCUCAUCCCCCGUGUGUCGAAAAGUCCGUAUCCGAACUAUUCACAUAUGUGUCAGAAGUCGCACCAGUCUGCAAGCCGUCACACGAUUAUCUAACGUCAGCGUCUGUAGGUGGGGCAGUAACGUUGUGCAGUAACACGACCAGCGUUGCAUCGGGUGCACCUCAUUUGUUAAAAUCUCAGACAUCGCGAACGGAGCCACGGAGUUUGAAUUCCCGAAUCGUGUCCCGCGAACACGAUCACUUUCGAGUAUUGUCGAGAAUAAGCCCUAACAUGGAGAUCUCGGCAGCUUGGCUGCUGACCAUUUCCUUGGCGGUCGCUACCAUUACGAUCGAUGCAAGAACUACCCCGCCAUCCACUACGGAAGUCAUUCCGAGUAAAAAUGCGGAGGACAUCAAACCGACACCGAAAAGCAAUUUUAUAGACUAUGCUAGUCCCUUCACGAAUAUGAAGGACAUAUUGAUGCAAGAGAUCCAGACUUUAGACAAAGACGCUUCCGAUGCUAAGAUCCAGGAAGAGGUGGCGAAGACUUUAAAGGCCGAAGCGCAAAAAGAUAUAAAUUUCCAAGCGAAAAAAACUCUGAAACCGAACAAGACAAGUGUAUCAAAAUCGCUUUUGGGAGAAGGUGAGGAAUUGAAGAAACUCGAUGAUAUGCCCUAUGAGGAUAAUCUUAACGACGAGGAAAACGACGAUGACGAUGACGACGACGACGAUUUCAGCGACGAGGAAUACGAGGAGGAGGACAUGCUGCCGGGGGUGGAUGAUGAUGAAGAAGUUAUGACACAGUGCCCUGAUUACUGCAAGUGCGCCGGGCAAUACGCCGCUGCAACGACUGCAACAUGCACUAAAUUGGUGAAUGAGCAAUCCUUUGGGUCAAGCAUUGCCCAUCUGCGUAUCGAGAACGCCGGCGAGAUACGAUUAGGACCGAACGCUCUGCGAGCUCGCGGCCUUCAGAAUGUGGAGUCCAUCACUAUCGUCGACACGCGCAUAGUCGAACUAGAUCGCACGGCCUUCAACGGCAUCACGUACCUGUUCGCCGUGAACUUGACACGCAACGGUCUGCAGGACAUCCACCCGAAUACCUUCCAAAACAACACGCAACUCAGCCUGCUUACGAUCUCCGGUAAUCCGCUUAAGCAUAUGCAUGAGUCGAAGUCGGCGAAACACUAUCUUCUGCACGCACCAUCGGUCACCGAUUUCGAUUUCUCGUACAACGGUAUACUACGGCUGAAACGCACCGCCUUCUCCAAGAUGCACAGCCUCAAUUUCAUCAAUCUACGCGGCAACCGUCUAAGAGAAAUCGACAACAAAAUCUUCGAUUCGCUGAACCAGCUCGUAGAGGUGGAUCUUUCAGAUAAUAUCCUGGAUAAAAUUCCGACCGAUUUAUUCAUUGAUAAAGACGUGCAAAUUCUUCGCGUCGCUGGAAAUAAUCUAUCGACACUGGCUAAUAUAAUUUCCCCGAAAUUGACAAUGCUUGAUGCCUCGAGAAACAAAAUCAGAGUAAUCGGGAAAGAUGACUUGGAAGGCGUACCAUUAUUGGAUCAACUGUAUAUCAAGUCGAACAAUAUGAAGAGAAUCCAUCAGCAUGCUUUCAGCAAUCUCGAACAGCUACAGUAUCUGGAUAUCAGUGAUAACAAGCUCUCUUCUUUAACCGAGCAUCAUUUCAAGUCCAAUCCAAGACUGCUGGUUCUGCUGAUGAACGACAAUCCCGGUUUGCAAGUUCUGCCAGUUUUCAAAACUUACGACUUGGAAUACAAUACAUUCAGCACUAUCCGUUUCGAGUGCGCGAAUUGUGGUCUGGACAGCCUCAAGGCAGGUACGUUCGAUGAAAUGCCGGCGCUGACUCGGCUGAAGCUCUCGAAGAAUCGCCUGACCGGUCUGCCCGACGGAUUCCUGGAUAAUCUUUCGUCUCUUCGAGAAUUGGAUUUGUCUGAUAAUAUCAUCUCUACUAUUCAACCCAAAAUGUUCCGCGGCGCCAUAAACUUGAGCAAGCUGAACCUUGCUCGCAAUCCAUUGAGAACAUUGCAAGUGACGCCGUUCCUGGACUUACCAGGACUCACCAAGUUGGACGUGAGCCGGUGCAAUCUCGAGCGCGUCUGGAGCGAAGCUAGAGUGCCGUUGAAGAGUCUUCGGUUCCUGUCGGUUCGCGGUAAUCUUCUACGGCGAAUCACCGUCGAGGAACUUAGGGCCACGCCGCAACUCACUGGUCUGGAUUUGUCGCACAAUCCUCUGGAUUGUGACGCCGAGUUCACUGACGCCGUGCAAUGGCUUACUGAUCAUGGUGUUUCACCAACAGAGGUACUCGAGAUCGUCAAUGACAAGUAUGAUGAUAUUGAAGAUAUUGAUAGCUUGAUAUCAACGAUGGACAUCACCGAGUGGACAGACUUGGCGAAGAUAGUUUGCGAUGGAAUCGAGGAUGGUCCACCAGCCAGAUCGCUUCCUAGCAAAGGCACACACGAGAAAGAAAUUCCUCUAGAUCUGGAUAUUAUAGAGGAAUCCGAUCCUUUCUUGAAAAACGAGCUUGAUAACGACGAGAAGUUGAGCAUCGAUCACGGCAUGCAGCAUAUCGAUGAGCCGCGACUCACGGAGGAUCAAGAGUACGACGGGGACUUCGCGGUCACCACGGAAUAUCACACUUGGUACAACUUCAAACCCGGCUUCAAAGUCUGGCUGGUUUCCGGCACCGUCCUGUCUGUUCUCGUGAUCUUCCUAUUGGCAGCACGUAUCGCCUGCUGCUUGGCGAACAAACGAGGACGGGGUCCUGUAAUCAGGCCACCCCUGAUUCUCCGUCCAGGUCUGGUCGACAACAAAAACUGCGGUUUGGUGUACAAACCUUUGCAAGAAGAAAUAGCCACGCCUCACAUGCCGAAACGCGGCAGCUUCUACUCGAGCAGCACCUUCCAUUACGACAAAAUUGUACCAGAGAGUGUAUAAGAGAAAUUUGCUUCCUGAUUAAUUAAGUCGCCAAUUACGGGGCGACCGACCGAUGUGCUUGGUCGUGAACGGCGGACCGUCGAAGAUCAUUUUUGCGCCGUUCUCGCGAAUCAAGUGAAGUUCUUCAGACUGUUAUUAGGUGAACGACAAAGCCGAUGAGGAAUAAUUAGAUAGAUAUUCCUUCGAACCAUACAGCUCACGAUAUGUGAUCUUAUUGGUAAAUUGUAGUAUAAUCGUUUUUAUUGAAAGAGUAUAACUAUGUCGAGCAUUUAAUUCGAUCUCCUGAAAA